AUGGCAAAGGAUGAAGCUGCCCAGAUAGAAGUCGCCUCCUCGGUGGACGACAGCGCUGCUGUCAAGGAGCUGAGUGACGAGGACAGUGAAGUUGGCUUCUCCGAGCCUGAAACCAGCAGGCUGCUGCGCAAGCUCGAUCGCACGUUGCUGCCCUUCCUCUCCCUCCUCUACCUCUUGUCCUUUCUCGAUCGCUCAAACAUUGGCAACGCAAAGCUCGCCGGCCUGGAAAAGGACCUCAACAUGACAGGAUACGACUACAGUACCGCCGUCGCCAUCUUCUUCCCCUUCUACGUCCUCGCCGAAGUCCCCUCCAACAUGGCCAUGAAGCGUUUCCGGCCCUCCAUCUGGAUCCCCAGCAUCAUGGUCGUCUGGGGCUUCAUGACCAUCAUGCUCGGCCUCGUCAAGUCCUUCGGCGGCCUGCUCGCCGUCCGCAGCCUGCUCGGCCUCGCCGAGGGUGGCCUCUUCCCCGGCAUCACCUACUACAUUACCAUGUGGUACCGCCGCCACGAGUGCGGCCUGCGCAUGGCCAUCUUCUUCUCCGCGGCCACCGCGGCCGGCGCGUUCGGCGGGCUCCUCGCCCGCGGCAUCAUGGAGAUGAGCGGCGUCGGCGGCCUCAACGGCUGGAGCUGGAUCUUUAUCCUCGAAGGUCUGGCGACGUUUCUUGUUGCUCUCAUCGCCUAUCGCGCGAUGCAUGACUACCCCGAAUCCGUCAAGUUCCUCCGACCGGAAGAGAAGAAGGAAGUGGUCCGACGCCUCAAGCAAGAUCGCUCCGCAUUGUCCAACGAGUUUAAGCUAUCCUUUGCCAAAGAUGCCCUCAAGGACUGGAAAAUCUGGGUGCACAUGUUCAUCACCAUCGGCAUUUACAUCCCUCUUUACUCCAUCUCCGUCUUUCUCCCCACCAUUGUCAAGGGUCUGGGAUAUACAAACGAGGUGGCGCAGCUCAUGUCUGUGCCCCCGUAUGUCGUUGCCUGCUUGUUCACGGUUGGUGGAGGGUUUCUCGCCGACCGCCAUGGCCAACGAGGCAUCUAUAUGGUUGGCUUCUGCGCCGUUGGAAUUCUAGGCUUCGCGCUGUUGGCUGGCGUCCAGAGCCACGGCGUCAAGUACUUUGCAUGCUUCCUCGUAACGGUGGGCGUGUACCCCAAUGUGUCGCAGGGUGUGGCUUGGAACGGCAACAAUAUUGGCGGAUCCCUGAAGAGAGCGGUAGGGAUUGCCAUGCAUGUAGGGUUUGGAAACCUCGGCGGCGCAAUUUCAGGGUACAUUUACGCCCGAGAGCAUUUCAUCGGGCAUUUGACGUUAGUCGGGACAUUGUCCAUGAGUCUAGUGCUCUCGGUCUGGAUGCACAUCCAUCUCCGGCGGGAGAACGCGCGGAGGGACGCUAUACACAAGCCACCUGCGGAAUACACGUAUGAGGAGAAGUUGAACGAGACGGAAAAGGGCGACGACGCCACGUUCUUCCGCUAUACAGUGUAA